CUGUGACGAUGAAGAGGAUCAGGUUGACAUUGGUAUUAGCUACGCUCCUAUUAAAGGAAGCAACAUGCGAGCCACCUGUGGAUUCAGCUUCGUUACCAUUGGAGCACCGCGCGGGUGGAGGCUACGGUCCGCCCUUGGCUCCAGCACAUGCCGACGAUCCUUGGCCAUUAGCGACACCUGACAGCCCAAAGAUCAAACAUUUACAAGUCCAGUGUGAAAAAACUCAUAUGAGAGUUAAUAUUGAAUUCGAUCGACCCUUCUACGGCAUGAUCUUCUCAAAAGGCUUUUACAGCGAUCCUCAUUGUAUGCACCUUAAGCCGGGGACGGGACAUCUUAGUGCGACUUUUGAAAUCUUCCUAAAUAGUUGUGGUAUGUCUAGCUCGGCAAACCAUAACGUAGCAAGUUAUGGAAGUCCCACUCCAAGCGGUUCUUAUGUUGAAAAUACAAUUAUUGUACAAUACGAUCCAUAUGUUCAAGAAGUAUGGGAUCAAGCCAGAAAAUUAAGAUGCACAUGGUACGAUUUCUAUGAAAAAGCAGUUACUUUCAGACCUUUCCAAGUCGAUAUGUUACAUGCUGUGACCGCGAACUUCCUUGGCGACAACCUGCAAUGCUGGAUGCAAAUACAAGUCGGUAAAGGGCCGUGGGCGUCAGAAGUUUCAGGAAUAGUCAAAAUAGGACAAACGAUGACCAUGGUACUCGCUAUUAAAGACGACGAAAAUAAAUUCGACAUGUUAGUACGAAAUUGUGUAGCUCAUGACGGUAAACGGGCGCCCAUACAGCUAGUCGACCAGUAUGGAUGCGUUGUUAGACCGAAAAUUAUGAGCAAAUUCCAGAAGAUAAAGAAUUUCGGACCCUCAGCAUCUGUGGUCUCGUUUGCAUAUUUCCAAGCAUUCAAAUUCCCUGAUUCGAUGAACGUACAUUUUCAAUGUGUAAUUCAAGUCUGUAGAUACAACUGUCCCGAGCCCAAAUGCGGUCUUGGCGCUGAUUACGGAGUACCUUUGUUAGCUGGUAAUACACUCGGAGGUGGAGACUAUGGCCUUUCUAAUUCACCACAUGCUGAGUAUGCACCACCACCACCCGGACCGCAUAGCGAAUACGGGGUACCGCCGGCGUAUCCCGAUCCCAGACACCCUGCAGACGCUAUAGGAUCGUUCUCAGAAAAACGCGAUGACGCUGUUCCACCACCACAAGCACAGGUUUCAUCGACUCCAAACGCUCCUAGUCCUUCUUCACCGGCGCCGUCGCGAGAUGAAGAUGAUGUUAAUCUACCUCCACCACCACCUCCAGGCCGACGCGGAGUUUAUAACACCGUCAAGAGGAAAGACGAAGCUCACGGCAAUCUAGCCACUCUGGGAGGUCGACCACGUUCCGUGGAAGACUUACCCGAGAGCUUAGCCGGGAUCCGACGCCGGCGAGAAACAUCGACCCCAACUCGUAUUUACAAACGAGAUACUCAGGAGAUGACUGACGUGAACACGAGUCGCACUAUUCAAGUCGUAGCACCGGGUGACGUUAAUUUCGCAUUGAACAACGCCGCGGCCAACGAAACUGUCGUUAUUCAAUCGCCCGCAACCGAUCCGGAGACGAUUUGCAUGUCAGUACCGUCAUUUAUUGCGGGCCUGGUGAUGUUAUUAUUGGUGCUUGUUGUCGCAUCUCUCGUCGCUGCUUUUCUGUUCGUGAGAGUGCGAGCGCUCGAUAGGAAAGGCGCUCACGGAGCUACCGCCUAUUACGAAACGGAUUACGUUAAGCACACAAACUAGUGGAGGAACUCGGUACGGAAGUGUGACGCGUGGACAUUUUAUAAAUAUUUCUUGGAUCCAAAGAGCGUGCGUUCUUCGGCCCCGGUCGGAUGGCUUGGCGGCUGCGCUAUCACGGUCGCGAUCGAAGUCCGGUGCAGUGCAGAUGACGUGUGACUUAUUUAUUUAGUAACGUAGUGAGCGUGAUGUAUAGUAUGUUCGAUGUUUUUUUGUAAAUUAUUUUAUCAGCGUGAGAAACCCUCUUUAUCCUUCAAAUAGUCUCAACUUAUGUCGGUUGUAAUUUUGUAAAGAGUCGUAAGUAAGAAAGUAGGAGUG